UAUGGGGAAGAAAACAUGGGACUUCUUAAAUUAAUUGGUCUUUUCAGACUUCCAGUGAAAACAUUCAAAGACUCAAAAUGAUUUGAAACAUUCAUAAUGUUCACAUAGUUUGAGCAUUGCUAAACCAGAAAGUGAAAUGGAGCUUUGAAAUACACUUUGUUGAUUCUUCUUUCAGUGGUGAUUAUGAGAACAUUACUCACUGUAAAUCAUUGUUCUUACCAAAAUAUAGGGCCAAACUGUAUCUUUAGUUUGAUGUUAAUGUAAUUGUAGAAUAAGAUAAAAGAUUGUAGUUUAAAAAAAAAAAAAUCUAACUGGGAGAUUGUUUGGAAAGAGGAAGAAGAGUUGUGAUUGAGGUGAGCACUGUGCUGACAGGUUUGCCAAGGACUGCCCUUCCACUGCAAAAUGCAGUGUGCAUCAUUCACGUUCUGGAACCAGCUUCUAUCUGAUGAUACUUCUCUCUGAAGUAGCUAUAUGUUUUGGUUUGGAUUUUGUUGUUGUUGUUUUUUUGGUUGGUUUUUUUUGUAUAGCCAAAUGUUGUAAUUACCCUGUGCAUUCAGAUUAUGUGUUCUAUACAAAAAUUUAUCUUGAGGGCAAGCAUAAAUUCUAGAGGUAAUGAUAAGCACAAGCUGCAAGAUGGUAUUUCCAGCAUCAAAUUGUCGGGGUAGCUGGGCUGUUUUGUUAGAUCCUCUUUAUUUGAAGCCACACUUUCUUAAAAACUGGCCUUAACAUAAAGAACUUAGUGCAGUGAAAAGCAUGCAGGGGUCUGCCACAGGAAGGCAGCCUGGGCUCUAGCUCUCCAGAGGUGGCAGGUACGAGAGCUGCUCUCCUGUCCAUCUCUGCCUCUCUAGAUUGCAAUUCCAAAAGCCAGGAAAAAUGAUUGGAUGAUUCCUGGAACAGGUUGUGUGAUGCAGCAGGUGUAUGGAUGUUGGUGGUGUUUGAAGAACCUUGUAUAGUUUCUCCUGCUGUUUUCUUGUUUUUCUGUAUCUCAUUUCAGGAGCUGAUGGAAUUUUCUGGUUGCACUGACUUGGCCUUAGAUAACAGUGAUUUAAAGGGUACCUUAAGUUUGAGUUCUCUGAAGUGCCCUUCUUUAGGAGAAAUGUCUUGCCUGAAGCACAUCUAACCUCUUUUUGCAGUGGUCCUAUGAACAGCAGUGUAAGGAUUGAAAGCAUUGGACUGACAUUUCCUGAGAGCAAAUAUAACGUGUGCCAUACUUUGGGAAUAUUUGUUGGCCUCUCUCAAGAUUUCAUAAGUUGUGACAGUCAAUUCACUGUAUUCUGGUAGUCCUUGCAAGCUGUUCAUUUCAAAAAUAAAACAUUAAAUUCCCAGAAUCAAAGUUUCCAAGCAACCAAACCCAGCAAACAAAACUAUUGUACAUGGUAUUUACAUCUUUGUUGCCUGGGAAUCCUGUUGCUGCUCCACACCUCACUCCAAACACUUGCUAAAAGCACGCAAUGGUUCUUGCAGCUGCCUUGCAGUUUAGGAAAGAUCAGGUCACAGACAUGUAGUUGAGAGAGCUGUGAUUCCUGAGUGGCUGAGGUGGCCAUGAGUAGUCGAGAGGUGAUCGUUCUGAGUGUGGGAGGUGUGAGAUUCGUGACCCGGGCUUCUACCUUGCAGCAGUUCCCCGAGUCCAGGCUGCCUCGGAUGGUGAACGACGAUGACUGGGAGUUUAAACUGGUGAAUGGAGAGUUUUUUGUGGACAGAGAUGGAGCUCUGUUUAGUUACAUCAUGGACUUCUUGAGGACUCUCCAGGUAUCCUUACCAGCUGAUUUCUCAGACUAUCAGAGGCUGCAGAGAGAAGCAGAAUUCUAUGGACUCUACCCCCUGGCCGACCUCCUGAGCCAAGAGCAUUUGCUGAAGCCGAGGCUGGAGAUCUUGGAAGUGCGUUUUUCUCUCCAAGAAAUGCAGACUUUUUUCCGGAUCUUUGGCUCCUGCAGCACCACCAUUGAGGCACUAGCUGAGCAGAUCACUGUGUUUACAGGGCAGCAGUCAGGACAGGGCUGGAAGAGCUCUUUUCCUUCUCAGAAACCACUCGUUCCACUUCCUUUGGAAAGACCCUCUCAUCAUGAUAUGGUUUUUCUGUGUGGUACUGAGUAUUGUGCUGGUGACCAGUUUGUGGCCAGGUAUGUUUCCAUAAAGCCUGAUAAUAGAAAGCUGAUUAACGGUACUAAUGUGCUAGGCCUGCUGUUUGACACUUUACUCAAAGAUGGAUUUCACCUCAUAAGCACCAGGACAGUCGCCAGUGAAGAGAAGGUUGAAUGCUACACUUUUGAAAGGAUGAAGAGGGCACCAGGCCUUGCCAUCAUGGUGAACCAAGCCCCAGGGAGCUCUGGGGUAGCACAGGCAAGGAGAAGCCAAGUGCAGAAAGGGAAAUGAAGGCAUUUCCUUCCAUCUUUUGAAUAUAGAAGAGGGAUGUGUCAGCAAUAGUGGCCUUUUUUGUUUUGUUUUGUUUUGGCUUGUUUGAAACUGCAGCUAUUGAGGGAAGUAACAAACACAUUUUCUUUAAAGUAUUUAGGGAAAAAAUGCUUUCUUGCCUUUUUCUGCUCCACCCUCUUUAAAUAAAAGAAGCCCAGAUUCAAUACUGGGUUUGUGGACCAGAUUUCAGCAUUUCCAAGAGUUGUUUUUGUUUUUUCUCUGUGGCUAAAAUUUAUAUGAGGACUUGCAAAGCAUCAGCCAUCCUGUCUACAAAAUUGGUUUUAUGUUCUGUGCUAAUCUGCAAGUAGACUUAAAAGACAUGGUAAUACAUGAAGAAAUAACAUCUUGAUGAACUGUCAUCCCAACAGUUUGGAGAAGUGGCUGGAGGAGGAAUGAAAAUCCCAAUGAUUGAUGAGUGCUUCCAGUCACUGACUCUCUUGCAAUUGGCUGAGCAGUGUAAGGAGAACAUCCCAAGCUGUGCUGCUGUGUGGCUUUGUGAAAGCCAUCACUGAGAUCUGAAAUAAUGUGUGAUUGGCUCUUGCAGAACACUCUGUCCUCCCACUCUGGUGGCAUUAUGAUGCUCUUUGGUUCUGAGAAUUAAAUGAUAAAGAUCUUUGUGAACUGAAGGUCAGUUAAUUUUUACUGCUUUCACCAUAAAAAGGAUGAAAAUGUGAUAAACAGCCCUUCAGAUGAAGGAGUUUGUACAGUUUCAGACAAAACAGUGCAAAGGAUUUUUUAGCACUUGUUAAGUACAACACAGUUGAAAGGCUUAGCAGAAGUGGGUUUAAGAGCUUUGGGAAUGUUAGUCCUGUACAAAGCUUUGUAAAGAGGCUAAAAUCAGCUCAGGUACUGAGAGAGGUAAGUUAAUGAAGCUUUAUAAAUUAAUCUUUUCUCCUUCCAUCAAGGCAGGGAAAGAAGAUAGCAAUAACUUGAGGGAUUCAUUAGCUGCAUCUCUAUUUUAUUGCUGGUAAAACACCAUCUUCCCAAGGCUUCAAACAGCCCAGAAGAACCACUUUGGGCUUUUUUGGCUGACCAAUUAGAUCUGGCUUUUCAUUAGUUUUAGAAUGUGAAUGCAUUGCUUUAUUUGCAGCACUUGAUAAUGGGGAUGGGAUCAGCCAUCUGUUGCUUGUCCUAAGGAGUUUCAGUGAAAUGGAUCUUCCCAGGCUGGUGGUGCCAGUGUUGGACUCCUCUUUUCUUGGCUAUUUCUUGGGCAUUUCAGCUUCAGCAAAAUUCAGAAGCUGAGCAGAAACAGUGAGGUCUUUGCCUGUCCUAGAGCUGUUUGGGUUGAGAAUGUGAUUAUGGGACUACAUCUCCUAAGCUGUUUACAGGUUAUGUAAUGUAAUAAAUGAGAAUGUAAGAGUGAAUGCUUUCACUUCAAAUGGGAUUUUUUUUUGGUCAAUAAUGUCAGUGUGUUCAUAUUUGUCUUGAAGUAAGAUAUUUCAUAGGGUGAGAACCAUCUUUUUUUUAUUAAUAAAGAGAAAGAAAAGACAAAAUACUUCAAUUUUUAGAGAGCCCCAAAGGUUUUACCUAUGCCAACAUCCGUGUUCCAUGUCUUGGCAAAAUGAAUGUUUGAUACAACCAUUCCAGUAACACUUUAUGAUGGGCUGAGCACUUUCUGGUUCCUUUCACAGGUUAAUUUUUAUUUAGCUCCAGCAUCAUUCUAUGAAUACAACAUCUGGCUCUGGAAAAUAUACCAGUGCAAGUUGCUGUCCUGUAAAGAGCCUUUAGAUGACAUACGUGCUUUACCUCGCCCUUGGGUAACUGUGUGUUGUGACAGUGCUUCUUUUGGAAGCAAAGCACAUGACCAUCAACAAGCUUGGGUUCCCAGAGUUCUUCUAGCAUUUAUUCUUACUUAGCUCUGAACUGAGAAGUGUUACCUUCUGUCAUUUUGUGUUCCUGCAGAGAACAUGACUAGGCUCUCCCACAAUGCUUUCAUUUUGUUGUUUUGGUUUUUUUUAACUGGUAGUUCCUUAAGUUUGACAGCAUGUGUGUGAACAACCUGAUAGAAAUCUGUUGAAAGUGUCUGACUGAUACCAGUAGGACAUCCAUGACUUAAAUGGAUUAUUGAUUGAAUAAAUUAAUUUAAUUGAAGCCUUUGAAGCUUUUCCUUGAAGAAUUUCUUCAAGGAAAGCACCUUACUGGAUUUCUUUAUACAGAAAAAGGAAGCAGUGAUGGUAGAGCUGCAGGUGUUGUGUAGCUUCAAGCUACAACUAAAUAGCACUAAUUGUGGAGGAACAGGUGAAAUUAUGUUCAUUCACGGACAAAUGAGUAUAAAAACAGCUCUGAUUUACUAGGAGGAUCUUCAGCUGGCCUCCACCUUGCGAGGUUAUUUAUGCUACUGCGAAGUGUUGCUGAGACAGACUGGCAAUUUUUCUGUGCCCUCUUUGAAGUGGUGUGCAGUGUAACCUGCAGGCACCAAGGCAGGAAUUUAGGAGUAGUGGCCAAGGUUUUUAUUGCACCUUCCCUUCUGAAGCCCCAACCAAGCAGGAAUGCAGCAGAGAGCAGACUGUGUGGUGUGUGUGCUCAGCAGAGUUGUUCACACAGAAGGGAACAGCUGUACAAGUGGAUUUGGCUGAUAAGAACUAUGAGUCUGAGUGAUUUUAAAAGUUGUUUUGUCAAAACCACAUUAUGUGCUAAACCGAGUACUUGCACCCAAACUUUGGCAGGCAAUUCAACUCUGGUAUCUCACAACACAAUCUCUGCUAGACUAGCAGCGUGUUGAAGGUGACUUGGUUGUGCUUUCACAUGUGACAGAACCAGAAGCUCUGAUUGCUCACAUCUAGCUCUAUUUUUGAUUAAAUGGGAAUGGGAUUUUGAGACAUUUUCACUUUUAUUUUCCAAUAAAGUAAUUUGUGAUCCCUGACAUAAUCCGUUUCUUCAAUUCAUUGCCAACCUUCUCAAGAAAAUUCCUUUUUUUCCAGUAAAUAUGCAAAAUUUGCUGAUUUCAGUAAACUUCACUGCUGUAUUUGCCUUUUUAAUUUUCCCUGGAUUCAGCAGAAAUGUGCAAACUGUUCUAAUGCCUGUGAUGCUAGAAAGGGACUGCCACAGUGCUGGGGCAGCCCCCUCACUCACUGCCGGUGAGCCCUCUGUGCUUUGUAACAGGCAAGCAGACAAAAAAGAAACUAAAUGGUAAGGCAGCACCAUCAUCCCAUCCCACUCAUGGGGACUGCAGUGAACAUGGCAGAUCAUCCAAAAUGAGGUGAUAGCUUGUACGAUUUGCAAAAGCCAGAUGAUUCAGAAAAACAAUGCCUCAUUUGCUGUACACUUUCUCAUUUUAAUCAAUUUCUCUCCUUUAUAGUUGGGUUUCAUCCUGUGUUUCUAUAUUCAAGUCUGUCAAGGGCUUUGCCAGUACAAUCUUGUGGUGCCUGUUGAAUGUCCCAACAGAGUAGAGGUACCACACACUUCUUCCAUCCCCCUGUUCUUACACCAUGUUGACUUCCUUUUCUAGUGAUUGGUGACAUUUUUUAUGCUUUUAAGUAACUUUUUGCCUGCUUCUUCACACACUGGGAAGUCUCUCUUGUGUCAUUCUUAUCCCUUUCAGGGACAUGUCAUUUAUUUACCACUUGAAUUAUUCAGUAUUCUGCUGAUACCAGGAAGGACAGAGUCUAUUGUGAUAUACCUUCUUGUUCUUUGGGUAUUGAUUUCAAUGACAGUUCAUGAGGGUUUUUGUUUCUUUGGGAAGUGCAGGCACUGCAUUUUUAUAGGUCCUGCAGUCAGCACUCACGUGAUUGUAUAAAUGAUUAAGAAUAGACAUUUAAAUAAAGCUCUAAAAAUAGAUACAGUAGACUAAGGUGCUGUUUAGACUAAGACUGAUCUCUUUGCACUGGCCAUAGUACUGGGAAAUUUUCCCCUUUACUAAACAAUUCCAAACCAUUUUUCACUUACCUUCAUAAUUGAAUUUAAUGGAAGUACUAGAUGAGGAAUUAAUAGCCAUAGGGGAAAACAACGAUGCUGGAAUAAUUGCAUCAUGCCCAGUGAUAGUAGCUUUUGUUAACUUUGGAGAAACUUUUCUGCCCAUUGAACUCUUCCCACUUUUUACCUAUUUUGGUUGGUUUCCAGCUUUCCAGUGCUCAAAAAUAACUCCCUUAAUCUGAUCCAAGCAAGGCUGAUGUGCUUUUGUCAGUCUCUCAAGUGCGUAAGUCUCAGGUACAUCCAACAUAACCUGGGUGAUAUUUUGUUUUGAUCCCCAACUGAAUUCAGUACCAGAAAGCCACCAGAGUGGAUCAAAAGUCCUGUUUGAGUUCACAAUGAAGCGUUCAUAACUGAAUACUUUUUUUUAAAAAAAUUUGUUCCUAGAUUGCUGGAAAGUGUUACUAAAUAUUCACUGAGAAACAAGCUGGGAAUUAUCCAAGAAGAGGAGGGAGGCUCAUUGCCUCUUACUCCUUCCCUCUGAUUUGUGCUGAACCAUUGCCAGGCUUUAACUUUACAAGGUUUACUUUUAUCGAUUUUCAACAAUAAACAGUGGGAGUAUCUUCAAUAAAAGAUUUACAGUGCAUCAUGAAGAAAUACAGCUCCCUACCAAAUAUUAUAUUGAUCUAUUCCCAAAUGCUACUGAAACAGCCUAUAAAACCCCAAAUGAAGUCCAGCAACGGAGAACUUCCUCUCUCUAGUGACAGAGGCAUAUGACUGUUAUGUCUUCAGAAGACAAUAAAAGGGAAGGGAGUGACUCUGCUUCUUUGACCAUAUCUUCAACAACCCAGUUAAAUCUGUCAGCUCAAUGUAAUCCACAUAAAUAACGAACUUGGGAACCAAGGGAACUGCUAGUGUGUCUGAAGAUUCCCAUUCUUUGAAGCUGCCUCUCCUGCUGCAGUCAGACCAUAAUUAGUCACAGAAGGCCUUGUUGUAACUAGUAAAUGGAUGGACCAACAAUGACUUGAAUAGUCUGCUUCUGGCUGGAGAUAUGCCUAGAGCCCUGAAUAUUCUCAAAUGGGUGGGUAAGAUGUAAAUCACUAGUCAUCAUAUAAAAUACAAAUAAAUCUGACUUCUAUUUAAAAAAAAACCCUCAUUUUUUUAGACCAUCAUGUAGUUUCUGCUGAAAUAACCUCCUGAAGUGUGAUCUGAUGUGUAAAUUUUUCCAAGAAUCCUUCCUCCAUUUCUACUGUUUUCAUUCUAAUGGAAUAGUCCAAUAAUUGGUGUCUUCUUUCCGGUCAGCAAGAUGACGAAUGUAGCCCUAAAGGUUGGAAACAGUAAUGUGUACAAGUCUGGUGUAGAAAAUUAAUUUAGGGCUCUGCUUUCUAAGCAAGUUACUGUUACAGCAGUCAGCUGAGUGCUUGCUGAAACUGCGAAGAAUUAAACAUUGCAACAUUGUUCCAUCCUGAUUCUCCAUUGGAAGAAAAAAAAAAAGGCAAUAGAUCAGAAACAUCAAGUCUGGGGUUUUACUCGUACUUUGGAGCCAGGAACCGAGUUUUCUUUGAAUUUUAAAGGCAUUUUGUAGCUUUCAUUGAGGGCCUUCUGAAAAGGAUGGUUUAUGGGGUUUUUUUUGUUCCCCAGUGAUAUCUAAACUGAGUAAUAAAAUAAUUGCUGACAUACUGGUUUAUUUACAAUGUUGUAUUCAACAAUAAACAGAAGGCAUGCUGAUCCUUCCAUCCUUUAAUCUUUGUGUUUUUACUGUCUUCAGCCUGCUCCUCAGCCAGGUGCUGGUGGAACAGAGGAAAGGACAGGUAAGGACAGGCAGAGAUACACAGAAGGCAGCAAACUCACUUCUUUCCCAUUACAGAGAGGAAGUAAAGGAAUAACAUUAGGCUAGAAAGAGUCAUGGCCUUUGUGGGAGCAAAGAGACACAACUUACUGUACCAAGGAGAGGAUAGAGCUGCCAGAAAUGUUAAUGCCACUGGACAAGGAAAAGCAGAGCUCACAGGGGUGAACAAAUGGGUGGGUAACAGCUGCUAUACAAACCUGGAAAUGGCACAGAGUAACAUGGACAAGAGACUUAAAUGUUCAUGAGACUAUAGGGAUGUUUUAUUUUUUUCCAAUGUGUUAGGUUAAUGCAUCUAUAGAAUAUCUUCCAGUAAUAUUUGCAUACCUGAAGAAGAAAAUUUCUCUUUAGGAGGUAAUUCCUGCAUACGUGCUGUGAAGUAAAACAUUGCAGGAUCCAGACAUCAAAUGGAUUAGUCAUGUUGACACCUCACAUCUGGAAACAGAAGCUAAGCUGGAUAUGUCCAGUUGGGGGCCUUUGUUUCAAUGCCAGUUGCACUAUGGUGAGCACUAACCCUGUUGGUAAGUUCCUAAUUUCCCAUAAACUGGAAAGGUAUCUCCUGGAACAGACUGGUUUACCUUUUGUUUUCUCCAUUUGCAAUUCUAUCCUUAAGCCAUAUAAUACUAAUUUGCUACCUAUAGUUGUUCAAAACAUUAUCUUCUGAAGAUGGCUCAGAACACAUCCCCACGUGGAUCCCCAGAACACAUUAGUAGCUUAAAUAUGGCCAUGUCAAGAAUGUGAAUGAAAAAUUGUAUCUGCAUAGCCCCUGAUGUAACAGAAGUUUCUUCCAUCAUUGGUUAGGCUAAAACUGCUUUCUGCUCCUAUAAGAUUUCUUUGACAAUUGAAGAGUGAUAGUGCAAUCUAGACUUCACUGGUGUCCAUAGACAGUCCCAAAACCUCUACAAAUAUAUAUCGGAAAAAUGAUGGGCAAAUGAUCUUUUUGCAAGAUUCAUCUUUUGGGGACUCCCUGCUGGAAAAUGUCGUAGCAGGCACAGGAACACUUGAGUGACUCCUCUGUUGGCUAUAGUUUGUUCUCAUGAGCUGUGCUGUAACUGUGUCUUGUGCAAAGCUAUUGAAGUCUGACCCCUCGAAUCACAGAAUGGUUUGGGUUGGAAGGAACCCUUAAAGGCUAUCUGGUUCCAACCCCUCUGCCAUGGGCAGGAAUGCCAUUUGAUAGACUAGGUUGCUUCAAGCCCCAUUCAACCUGCUCUUGAACAAUUCCAGGGAUGGGGCUUCCACAGCUUCUCUGGGCAACCCUGUGCCAGUGUCUCACCCCCCUCUGACCCAUGAACUCAAUGAGCUGAGGUAGGCUCUGAGAUUGAACAGAAAAGAUGAAUGUGAAGUCACAGAAGGCUAAUGAACAUCAGACUGCUAUGGUUUGGAUCAUAUCUUCUGUGAAGGCAUCUAUGCUGACUUCUUGUCUACCCUCAGGACCAAGACAAAGCCAUGAGUGAAGGAUUUAUUGACAGUUCUUAGAUCAUUUACGGAGUGUUCAGAACAUGCAUGCAUAUGUAGGUUUUUGUUCUGAAAGAGGCAGUGACAAGCACACAGGUCUUACACUGGAGGCAACGACACCUAGAAAGACCACACAGUUCCUCCAUGCAGGGUGGUAAACAGUGUGGAAAUAACUGUUUUGAAAGCUCGGAGCUCUCAAGGCUUUCUAACGUGGUAGUGAUAAACUGCUGGCUGAAAACAUUUCUCUGUAUCUGAUCUUUCAGCUGUGCGUAUUUACAUUCUUGAGAUCUGGGACAGCCAAAGUGAAUACUGUACUGGAAUUGGCUCACUACCACACUUCCCCUUCCCUUUUUAAGAGAUAAAAAGGGAUCUCUUUUCCAUAGGAAAAGAAGCAGUGUUACUAAUGAUCUAACAUGCUCUCAUAAAACACCUUGGACAAAAAGAAGUCAGUGAGUGACUAAAAUAGAAUACACGAAUCUCUGUGACAGUUGGUAGGCAUUAACACAUUGUAAAACCAUUUCAGUGCUUGAAAGGAAGAGGUACAACUUUAAAAACGUUCCAAAUGUUCUAGUGCAGUCAGACACUGCCAUGUGGAUGAAAGAAGCAGGUGAACUGCUACACACAAGGAAGCUGUCUUCUUUUUUCCUCUUGAAGUCUUGUGCUGCUUUGCUGUAGGGCAUGCAGGCCUGCAGGGUUGGAAAGCCUAUGCUUUUGUGAUGCCUGUACUUGGCAACUGGUGUUUACUCUUCUUGGGGAUCUAAGAGUGUGUACAACCCUGUCUAUAAAAGAGAAUGCAAAACACUGAAUAGGUUCUUGUGCUUCUGAAAACCCAUAAAGAAAUACUUUUUAUCAAGAUGUCUGUCUCUGGAAAUGCCAUAAAGGCUCUCUACUGCACCAUAACUAAAUCCCUUUCUAGAUGUCUGUGGCAAUGUUUACCAUUUCAAAUUAGUGUUUGCAAUAUUAAUUAAUAAUACUCUAUUUGAGACCCUCAUUUUCAGAAGGUAAUUCUUUCUGCAGCAGAUAUAAAACUUCAGCAUCUUAUUGCUUUAGGUAUCAAUAUUUCCUGUCAUUGGAGGCAGCUUUCACAGAAUCAAUUAGCUUGGGAAAGACCUCUCCAAUCAUGUCCAACCUAUGACAAAAUGAACAUCACCUUGUCAACUGGACCACAGCACCAAGUGCCCUAUCCACUCUUUUCUUAAAUACCUCCAGGGAUGAUGACUCCACCACUCCCUGGGCAGCCCAUUCCAAUAUCUAAUUACUCUUUCUGAGAAGAAAUUCGUCCUAAUGUCGAACCUAAACUUCCCCUGGUACAGUUUGAGGCCAUUUCCUCUCAUCCUGUCACUUGUUACCUGGAAGAACAAACAAACAAGCUCUCUGCAAUUCCUAAAUGGAUGUUGUAGCAAGGUGGGUGUCAGUCUUUUCUCACAGGUAACAAGUGACAAGAUGAGAGGAAAUUGUGCUAGUGUAGGUUUUGAUUGUAAAAAAACAGUAGGAAAACUUUCUUCACUGAAAGAGUGGUUAAGCAUUAGAACAGGCUGCCCAGGGUAAAUCACUAUCCCUGGGAAAGCUCAAAAGGCAUGUGGGUGUGGCACUUGGCUAAAUGGUUUAGUGGUGAGCAUGGUGGUGCUGGGUUAAUGGUUGGACUAGAGAUCUUGGAAGUCUUUCCAACCUUAAUGCUUCUGAAUCUGAGAGAUGCUGAAAAAUACAGGAAGUUCCCAUCUGUAUAAGCUCCCCUAAUGUGAACCACAUCUGCCUUUCUACUGGUGUAGGAUGUCCAAAUAAACAGAACUGUACAGAACCUUUCAUUCUUCUGGUUCUGACUAAGCACACAAGUAUUUUAUUGGAACUAGUCCUACAGGAUGCCAGAAGCUUAUAAAUAACGAUCUCUGAGUACCAGCAGAGUUGAGAAUGUUUGCAUCCAUACUGAAGGCCAGAUACCCAUUGAAGUUUAUGAGGGGUGAUUCUGAGCCUGAUUUGACAGUGAGGAACUGGAUUUCUCUGAUGAAGCUCAAGGAUUCAAGAGCAAUUCAACCUUGCUAUAAUUAAUUCUUGGUGCCACAUUGUUACUGAUAAUUUCUCUACCAUUAUGGCUACCACGGAAUCCAAGAACUGUAGACCACUGCAUCAUGAAAACUCCAGCUCUGCAUCACUGGACUGCCUGGUGUUCCCAAGUCUGAGCUGUGCUUAAUUUCUUCAGAAGAAUUUAUGUAGGAUAAAAUCAGGAUCUAUUUUGUAAAUGUUCUGUUCCUUGUCUCCAUCUAAUCGAGGUCUAGACAUGUUAGGAGACUUGCUGACAGCCUAGGACAAGAAGUUAGAAAAGCAAAAGAGCUCUGGUCUUUCUCAAGUGUUUCUGCUCAGGCAAACUAGAACCAGAAGCCAGGUGCCUGUAUCACUUGUAACAUCUUGAGGCAAGAUGUUUCACUUGCUCAGCUUUCUUAGAAGAUUCAUGUGAUGCUCAUCAACUCAAGUAAAGUGCAUCUUAUGUAGACAGUCUUUAAUGACUCCAGCACAUUACAUAGCAAAUGUCUGAAUGCUAGGGAGGUCAUGCUCAUUCACGGGGUAUGCAGAGACAUGAAAUCCUUCCUAGGCUGAAGCAAUUUCUCCAACCAAAGCAAAAAAACACCCAAACCCAAAACCCAGAAAUGCUACAGUUUCUUAGCUAAACCACAUCUUAACAGUUCUUUAAGUGUUAAUAUAAACAAAUAAGAAGGUAAAGUAAGAAAGAAAGCAAUGAAGAUUAGUGAAAAACAAAAUUACUAUCAUUGGUUAAUGAUAAGCUGUGUAGCCACUGGCAGUUUGAAGAAUGAGGGGAUGGAUUAACACCACUCUUACACAAAGAAAUUAAGUUAUUGCUUUCACAGGUACUGCUGAAAAAUUUCUGCUCUAGUGGUACUCAUGGCUGCAUGCAGCGCCUCUGUAUCAAUGCACAACACACACACACACACACAUAGAAGAAUUACAAGUAUUCUUAAAGAUGUUAGAAUUCAGGAGGAUACUUUUUAGUUUUGCCCAUGUAAUAUCCAGAGGCAGAUUAAAGGAAGUAUCAGGGGUAAAUAAGUUCAAUAUAAAUUAUUUGGUUUUAACAUAAAGGGUGACAGAGAAAUUCCUAUCUCAAGGAUGUGCCUUAUGGAGAUUUAUAGUAGUUUCCUCAGGUGUAGAUGUCCCAAAAGAAGAGCCUAUUGAACGCCUGAGCAGCUCAAACACUAUAAAUCACCAGGACCAGGUGCUGUUUUUAAAAGAAUACUGCAGUAAACAUAAAAAAAACUGGAGAUCAAGUUAGGAUUCUGUCAGUUAUGAUUAAAAAUGUCCACUCGUCUGAACAAUUGUUCACAGCUAAAGAGAAAACCCUGCUGUUUUGGAGGAAAUUGAGAUAUAUUCAUAGCAAAAGGUAGUGCUUUUCUCAGGCUACUUACUUUAUGCCUGAAUAAGCAUAAAAUAAUGGGAUCACAAUAUAACAGCUCUGCAAAUUAUCUGUAUGUUUUAAGUGACUUGGAUUACUUAUACAAACUAAAAAUUAAAGAUACUCCAAUAACCAUGAGGAAGUCCUGAAGAUCAAUCCUAAUUUGGGAAUGGACUAACCACUCCUCAGAAGAAUAUUUUAAUUUCUCUGAACAGGAGAAGUUAUUUGAAUCUUCAGCCUAGAACAGGCUCUAACCUAUGGUGCUAAUUUAAGAGGGAGAUUGUAAACUCUCUUGUGAAAAAAACAGAACCCAAACCAAACAAACCUCUGAAACCCAAAGACUCAAAAAGCUGCUUCAAACACAGAAAGAAAGCAGUCUGAGGGUAGAUUGCAGGAGGGAAGAGGUGAAUCCCCUUGCUGGUUGCUGAACAGCUAUGAAGUUCUUUUAUGCUGCUCCCUGCUUUCCAUCUUCAGCAGAUUUAGAGAAUGUAGGAGCAUAAAGCAGUUUAAAGCCACCUUUACUGGUGGCUCUCUUCAGCAGUAAAAUACAGAACUUGGGCAUAAUAGAGGGCUGUGAUGCCAUUUACAAAUACUUUGUUAUCUCAGUGUUCAUCUACUGGAAACAUAAAGUAUUCCUUUAGUGUGCUUUAAUGGGUACUUAUAUUUAUUGUAUGCUGACUUUACCAUUACUUCAGGAAACAUCUUAGGAAAAGAAUAUGGAACAUGCAAGCAACUGCACAGUUGGGCCAAUAAAAACAAAUUCCACUACCCUUUGAAAUCCUACCUGCAGCUUGCUUUCAUCUGCUAACAGCAAUAGUUAUCACUGCCAACAACUUUGAACAAAAUAGUUUUGUGACUUUUUUGCGCAUAUCCUUGAUUUAACAAGAUGGAGAACAUCUGUGGGCAACUUCCACUGGGUAUUUUUUCAGAACCAGGACAUGUGAAUUUGAAUCUCCUCAGGCUUCUGAAACCCAGGUUUUCUGUUUCAUGGAGGCUUCUCCUUGCCUUGAGAUUGUUUCAGGUAGUUUCUUAAAACUCUUCUGAGGGAUUUUAGUAAGUCAUGGCAAUUUUAAACCAGCUCUUUGUUCUGUCCCCAUUUUUCCCAUUCCCUCUUUUCAAUCACAGUACGCACCUUACCCUCUUGUUUCUUCCAGCUGUUCCAAGAUACCUGAUCACUGAUUUUUUAAAUGAGUUCUGAGAGUGAGAAAAAGUCCUACAGCACUCUGGCUUUCUUGGCAUCAUGCUAGUCUUCUGUGCUGUAGUAGAAAACUAAUUGUCACAUCAGUUUCUGUAGCACUGUUACACCUAUGGAUUUUCAGCCACAAACCCAAUUCCUUCAAUGAAGAUGAGGUGUUAUAACCUUGGCCAUACCUGAUACAGAAAGAGAUAAUUUAUGUAUUGUUUCAUUCAGAGCAGAAGAUCCUGUACCUCUGUGACAGUUCUUUCUGGAAGCCUAGCAUCACCCAGUACUACAUUUCAUACAGUAUCUAAAGUAUUCCAUCACUACAUGGAUAUACAGUGACCAUUACAGGGGAGAUUUUAGGUUCUCUUUACAAACACUUUGGAAAAAAAAAAAAGCCAAAAUGCCAGUAAGCAUCCUGCAAUUGUCAGCAUGAGACAUGAAUUUCAUUUUGAAUAAGAACUUCUUCCCUUCCUCAACAUAUGAGAAAACAGAGUAUGCAGCUAGUUGCAGUGGUAGUAACUUAAAACACAUACAAAAAACAUCUUAAAGCAAAGCAAAUGUGAUUAAAAAACACCCAAGACUCCUGGUAAAAUUGUACCUUGUUGAAUAGCACAAACUCAUAGAUGUGCCUGCAAGCAAGUCUCAGUCAUUAAAUAAGGCUGUACCUGGUUAGUUCACUGCCAGCUUACAAACUCUUACGUUUUAAAACCCCGCAUUUUUGACAGAACUAUAUCUCAAUACUUUGCCUUAGGCUGUAAAUGUGUUAUUAAAGCAUUCCAGUCUUAAGUUUUAUCACAAGGAUGAAGUACUGCUCUACAUUUUUAGUACAGCAAUUUAAAAAUAAACUUCUCUAAAGGCAUCAAGAAACUGUGUGCAGGCCCUCUAUUUAACCAAGCUUUAACAUUUCUUAUACAGAAGAGAUAAAACUUGAUUCAAAGGUAGUUUUUACGAGCACACACAUUUUUCUUCUUCCUCCACUUUCUGUAUUUGUGAUAUGGGAUUGAAAAAAAUUGCUUGCUGAGUGCAAUGAACAGCUGAACUCAAGCACAAUUCCUUUCUAGAAUCUCCACAGCAAUACAACCAACAGGGGGCUGUCUGGCUACACAAUGUUAUCAAAUCUGCAGUGAAAUCCUUUUCCUGACUGUACAACCUACCAUUCACCACACUUCGUAAAACUGGUUGAGGAACAAGUAAUUUAACAGAUUUCCAAAACAGAAUUCUUGUCCAUCUUUGUCUUGUACU